AUGCUCCUGGCGCCAAAUGCUACUGUAAAGGCUUUUCGGGGAGUGGUGACUGGGGGCCGGGAGUGUCCGGGUGCCGGGUCCCUGCCGCCCAGAGCACGGAGCGCAGCACGCGUCCCUCGGCGGCCAACCCCGGCCCCGACAGCCGCUUCCCGGCGAUUUCGCACCGCCGCCGCAGCGCCGACAAACAGCUCACUGCGGGCGAGAGCGGGCACCGCCUCAGCGCCCGCCGCCGCUCCGGCCGCUCCUCCGGCUCCCACCCACCGACCACCCACCGCAAACACCCGGGAGCGGCUUCGAACACCCGCCACCCCCCUCGGCACCGCGCCGGGACCUGCGGGGUGCUGGGCCGCCAGCGGGAUCGUGGCGCUGUUCGCGGGCCAGGGCACGUCCAGCCGGUUCCAGGGCGCCUCCUGCCCGUCCCACGCCGCCCUGGGCGCCGCCAUCUUCCCGCUGCGCGCGGCGAGCCCCAGCGUGGGCGGCACCAUCCGCGCGGGCCGGCGGGGAGAGGCGCGGGCCGGACCAAGUCACCCCGCGGGGGUGCUUCAUGGACCCAAAUGCCAUGUUGGCAGCAUUCAGCAGUCAGAGGACAAGCUGUUGGAGUGCUUGGGAGUGGUGAUCUAUGAAGCCCUGGACUGGGGAAUCGACAGCCAAGUGGAGCGAGAACUGAGCCAUCCUUUGGAGAAACUGCUGUGCCUCAUGUUGAAACUGGAUGACGAGACACCAAAACCACCAGUCACCCUGCAGGAUGUUAUCAAGGCCUGUGAAGAGCACUUGUCCAGGCCUUCUGAGGCUACCAGUCAUUAUGAAAUGACCUGUAGGAGUCUGUUUACUGAAUAUGUGGAACUUCAGAAGCUUAUGACCAUCAUCCAGACCUCCAAAGAGAGACUGAGAAAAAUGGAUGUGGAAGAUUGGGUGGAAAAUCCCAUUCAAAAGAAGAAAACCCAUGGUGUGUCCCUGUGGCCUGAUGUCCUCUGUGAGCUGCAGACCGGUGUGAGGCUGCGCAAGGCCGCCGAGCGACCGCAGCGCCGCGUGUCUCUGAAGGAACGCGUCCGCUCUCCCUAUGAGAUGCUUCUGGAUGACAUUCAGCACAAGAGGUACACCCUGCGGAAGGUGACCAUCAAGCAAAAGCACAGGGCCCCCAAAAUUGAUGUAGCUGCUCUCGAGCCUCAUCUAAAGCCGAUGUUGAAGGGGAAGCUGAAACAGUGUGUGCCACAGGAGCCCAGGUGGCAUGAACAGCUCAUGGCAGAAAUAAAACAACCACUGAAGCUUUGGGCAGCAGAGGCAGCGCAGGAAGAGAGGAGCAGGCCCAAAGAAAUGCUUGUGGCAUCAAAUACUGCCUUGAACUCUCCAAGCAAUAAAUUCUUACGUGUCCAAGGUGCCAGUACUGAGUUUAAAAUUGCCAACACUAUAACACAGCAGCUUGGAGCAGGAGCUCAGAUCAUGAACAUCCUGUCCUCUGGUCUGCAGGAAACCACUCCCAAGCUGCCUGCCAGCACCUGCCUUCUCUCCACCAGGCCAUCAGGAGUAGCCUGCAUCAGCACAGCUCAGUGCACUUCUGGCUGCACAUCUAAACCAGGUGUCACUGCAAAUUGCAUGUCUGCUCCCGUGAGUGCACCCACACCAGGAGACAUUGAGCCUCAGUGUUUCCUGAGCACUGGCCAAAAGCAGCUGCCUCCUUACAGAGGAAGGUCCAAAUCCUUAGAGAGAGGCCUUCAAAGCAAGGAAGUUGACUGUCCCUGUCCUACAAAGUGGCCAACCAUUGCUGAGCUGAUUGGAACCAGAUACGCAGUGAUGGUGCUGGAAGGGCAAGGCCUCUUCCAAGGAUGUAGUGAUGGUGUCUUUCCAAGAGCAAAGAUCUGUUUCAGCUGCCGUAAGCAGAUGUUUCUCAAGUGGCCUUACAACUGUUACCUCUGCAGCAGGGUUGUCUGCUGUGACUGCUGUGUUAAGAUGUCCAUGCCCUUCAGAACAUGUGUACAUCUCCCACUUCAAUUCCUAAAAUUUUUGAGACUCUCCAGAGAGGAGGAUCCAGCUACUCAAGAGCAGAAGAGCUCUGAGUUGCUACAUGAAAUAGAGCACCAUCAGUAUUUCGGUGUACCCGUUGUUUUGGAGCCCCGUGACCUAGCCCAGCCCCUGUGCUGUUACACAGGGACCAUGGCAGACUGGCUGACUGCAGACAUCUGUACAGGGUGUGAGCAAUACCUGUUGAAUGUGGCUUCCAGUCAACAGCACAGCAUCUCUCUCAGGAGAAUUUCCUGGGCUUGAACCAAACUGGAAUGAUUCUACCAUAUAUUUCUCCUGUCACUUGUUAUGUACCUGAAAUAAAUGAAACAGCUUUAUGCACCUACUGACAUAAAGGCCUGAAUGAAAGACCUCCCUGCUGGUUAGUCUAAGCAGGAAGCACAGUUAGCAUUUCUGUUUUGUGAAGUAUUCUAAAGCUUUGUGGGUUUUAGAACUGUUUUAAUUCUUUUUAUGUGUCUUGGGGAAAAUAAAUGUUGA